UCAGGGGAACGACGUACAGCGCGUACCGCUUCGCGCUAUUUUCAGUGCAGUUUUUGGUGUGUGUUCCCCUUUAGAAAAAUAUAUCUCGAGAGUGUAUUUAUGAGAAAACUACAAUAAAACACGCACGACAACAAAAAAAGGAGAAAUUAUAUUACACAAAAAUAAUUCCACUCUAAAAACAAAAGCCAAAAGUAGCCGACGGCCAAGUGAAUAUUGUGUGGGAAUAUUAACAAUUUGAGAAAUAAAUAUCAACGCAAGAUCCGAAUUCCAAGUGCAGUGAACGAUUACGAUUCAGUUCGCCUGCUACUUGUCUUGUUGAAGACAAACGCCGCCAAGUAAUUGAAAUUGAAGACCGACCAAAGCUCGGGAGGAACAGGAGAGAGUGAGAGAGAGAGAGAGAUAGAGACAGCGGAGCCAGGAUGGUCCUAGUGCUGAAUGGCGUGCUGCAGGAUGAUUGCCCGAUGGACACCAACAGCCUGUUCCUGCAGCAUCCCGUCUACCGAGAUUAUGCCCAGCAGUUGCACUCGAUACAGGCCAAGUCCGUGGGUCCCGUGGGUCUGCUCUAUGUCGGGCAGCGGGAGCUAGCCGCCUCUGCCCCGCACGACAAGAACGUCAACAUCAUUGGCGCCGACGAUGCCACAACCUGUAUUAUUGUUGUCGUGAGGCACUCGGGAUCUGGGGCCGUGGCUUUGGCCCACUUUGAUGGAAGCGGUGUGGACGAGGCUGUCUGCACCAUGGUCUCCCGGGUGCAGGAGCUGGCCCUUGGCUAUCCCGAAGGACGCAUCGAGUUGCAGCUGAUUGGUGGCUAUCGGGACUCGAAGGGUUACGGCGAGGAUGUCUUCUAUAGCAUUAUGCAAUCAUUCCACAAUCAUCACCUCGAGAUCGAUUUGACGCAGGCCUGCGUGGGCGAGCUGAAUACCAUGCUGCGUGGCGAGAUCAAUUGCCCCAUCAUUUAUGGCGUGGGCGUGAACAUCAAGACUGGUGAGAUCUUUCCGGCCAGCUUCCCAGACCGAGGCCCCGACCGGGAGCUGCGCGAUGCUCGCAUCUUCAUGGGUGCGCAGUCGGUUCUGGAUGUGUACGACUCCACGCUGGGAAUGCUGCGCAUCGGCCCCUUCAACUAUGAUCCGCUGCGCGGCGCCGACUUGUGGCUAUCCCAGACGGAUGAGUUUCUGCUGCAGCAUUUGUCCUCCAGCCCCGAUGUGGAGCCGCCACACUUUGCGCCCCAGACGCGUGCCACCAUCAAAUUCAUACAGGAGAACCAGUUUCCCGCUGUCACCGUCUUCAGGGACAAUCGACCGCGCUACUUUCGGCGCGACGAUGCCACGGGGUGCUGGGCUCUGAUUCAAGAGUGAGUUCGGAUGUGAGGACCCUUUGGGACGCGCCUUAGUAAUGGAUCUGAACGUAAAAACGAAAAAUGAUAAUAUAAUUUGUGUAUAUGCUGCAUAGUACUAUAUGCAUGUGACCACAAUUAACAAAUCUUAUUAAUAUUUAAAAGAGAUUCUUAGCAAAAUAUAUACAAACUACACAUACACAAAAAAUGUAAACGAAACAAUUUCAAAUGCAAUCAUUUUUAGUUGUAACUGUAAACUGUAAUCAAACGUGUAAGAAAUAUAGAAAUGGCUUGGCUAUAAAUAC